AUGAAGAGGCUCAAGAUCUUGCCCUACGACUUCAGCACGAAGUUCAACACGCAGCUGGUCUCGAUCUCGAAGGGGAGGCAGACUGUGCUCUGGGCCAGGUGCAAGACCGAGGACUUCAUCAGGAAGGCGAUGCCGACCAAGACCAUGGCCACGCAGGGGAUCCCGGCCGUGUUCUCGUUCAGCCUCUCGUACCACAUCCAGACCAUCUCCAUGCUCAAGACCAAGGGAGUGCCCAUGUUCGGGUGCGGGUUCGUGCACGACUCCAUGACUGGCACCGUGGGCAGAGACCCGGUCACCAUGCGGAUCAAGGACAAGACCAAGGGCCCGAACUCGGAGGUAGUCUCCACCUUCGGCAAGUCCACGUACGUCGAGCCGUUCACGAAGAUGUGCGCGGUGCCGGGCCUGGUUUUGGUCAAGGAUGCGAUGCCGGACUUGUGGGAGAAGGUGGACACGAACACGAUCGAGAUCAUGGACAGGGCCGUCAUCAUGUGCUCGGCCGAAAACACGUCCAGGUACACGGUCGACCAGCGCAUCUGGACCUGCCUCGAGUCCGGCUUCGGGAGUGGGCAGUCGCAGUUGAUCACGAUCCUGUUGCAGCCCGAGCAGAGGGUCACGUUGCACUUGUCGUCGCUGUCCACGGCGUCGCGCACACACGAGGGGAGGUUCUGCAUCAUCAUCGAGAUUAGCUCCCCCUCCGACAACCUGGGCGUGCCCUGCCUGCACAACUUGGUGCUGAACAUGGUCGUCCACGAGUCCAUCUCCAGGAGUAUCCACGCGCUCUGCAUCACGUGCAAGGACACCAACACGAACCCGAUCGAGGACCAGCACACGUCCCAGUACGAGAACUUCAACCUGGACGAGAACAUCUCCGACACGCCGUCCUUGACCUACAGCAGCGACUUGUACGAGAGCGAGCCCGAGGACCUCUUCUACGACGCAGGCCCGAAGCCGAUCCAGGACGAGAGCCAGGACAUGUACGAGGACUACAACACGUGUGCCACCAAGGGCGAGGACCUGGGAUGA